UGGAACAAGUCCCAACUUGGACCUAAGGGGCAGUCUGGUAUCUACGCGCGUAAUAUAAGACCAAAUGAAAUGACCGAGGUCUCGUUAUUCGAUCCUUCCUUCCGACGAAGCAUUGUCUAAACAAAUCACAAGAACACUUAGCGAGAUAUGGCAGCGAGCAGUGCAACCGGAGCCUCCCCGGAGGCGCCUAAGAUAGUGUGGAACGAGACCCAAAGGAGGUUCGAGACUGAAGACGAGGAAGCCUACAUAGAAUACGUGUUAAGACAUGAUGGCAAAGUGAUGGACAUCAUCCACACUUUUGUCCCUUCUUCCAAGCGAGGCAUGGGAUUGGCUUCUCAUCUCUGUGAUGCUGCCUUCCAUCAUGCCAACUCUCACUCUUUGUCUAUUAUCCCUUCAUGCUCUUAUGUCUCCGACACUUUUCUUCUACGGAACCCGUCUUGGAACAGUCUAUUGUACUCAGAAGACCUGAGAUCCAAUAUCUAAAUACCUUCAUGUCUUUGUUGUUGUGAUUAUGCUGAAAGAUAAUCUACUAUAUGCAUCAACAUCUCCCUUUGAUCGUGGCAUAUACUCUACUUUCAACCAAAUGAUAAUUUGGUGUACUCUUGCAAGUAAUAUAUUUCGGCAACACUUGUAUGUAUGCAAUAGCUUUUGCAUUUGAUAUUGACACCGUUCGAGUUUGGUAA